AGCAGUCAGCAGUGUGAUUUCUAGAAGGUACACAGACUGAACUAUAUGUGCUUAAAAGUUUUUUGAGAUCAUUUUCCAUAUUUCCUGAUAUCUUAUUUGUUUCACAUAUUUCCUGUCUUGGCUCACCUUUGGAAAUAUUAACAUUAAAACUUUCAAAAACAACAUAAAAGAUGAACAACAGGUAUUUUUUGUUCAGAAUUGUCAGUCUCUGAGGCUGAAACAUUGGCCUUUUUGCUACUACUGGGAUUUUGUUUCUUCUUCAAGAGAUUAAAUAAUUCACAGUAUGAUUGUCACUGUUUUUCUAUAAUCUCUCACUUAAUUGUUUUUGGCAAACUUUCGAAAUGCUAAGGACUCAAGGAUCUCCUAAGUUCUGUAUAUGUUCUAAGAGUUCUAUUUAUUUCUCCUACAGAAUUAAAAGCUGCUACCAUUUCAAUAUGAAGGACACCUUCGGUCUUGCUGCUAUCAGCAAAAAUAUUACCAGCAGUCUUCACUUUGGACUUUUGAACAUCUCUGUCAACAAUGAGUCUACCUUUAACUGCUCACAUAAGCCAUCAGAUAAGCAUUUAGAUGCAAUUCCUAUUCUCUACUACAUUAUUUUUGUAAUUGGAUUUCUUGUCAAUACUGUUGUGGUUACACUGUUUUGUUGUCAAAAGGGUCCUAAAAAAGUUUCCAGUAUUUACAUCUUCAAUCUGGCAGUGGCUGACUUACUCCUUUUGGCUACUCUUCCUCUUUGGGCAACGUAUUAUUCUUACAGAUAUGACUGGCUCUUUGGACCUGUGAUGUGCAAAGUUUUUGGUUCUUUCCUGACCCUGAACAUGUUUGCCAGCAUUUUUUUUAUCACUUGUAUGAGUGUUGAUAGGUACCAAUCGGUCAUCUAUCCCUUUCUGUCUCAAAGAAGAAAUCCGUGGCAAGCAUCUUACAUAGUUCCCCUAGUAUGGUGUAUGGCCUGUCUGUCCUCACUGCCAACUUUUUAUUUCCGAGAUGUCAGAACCAUUGAAUAUUUAGGAGUGAAUGCUUGCAUUAUGGCUUUCCCACCCGAGAAAUAUGCUCAAUGGUCCGCUGGGAUAGCUCUAAUGAAAAAUAUCCUUGGUUUUAUUAUCCCUUUAAUAUUCAUAGCAACAUGCUAUUUUGGAAUCAGAAAACACUUACUGAAGACCAAUAGCUAUGGGAAGAACAGAAUAACCCGUGACCAAGUCCUGAAGAUGGCAGCUGCUGUUGUUCUGGCGUUCAUCAUUUGCUGGCUUCCCUUCCACGUUCUGACCUUCCUGGAUGCUCUGGCCUGGAUGGGUAUCAUUAAUAGCUGUGAAGUUAUAGCAGUCAUUGACCUGGCACUUCCUUUUGCCAUCCUCCUGGGAUUCACCAACAGCUGCGUUAAUCCCUUUCUGUAUUGUUUUGUUGGAAACCGGUUCCAACAGAAGCUCCGCAGUGUGUUUAGGGUUCCAAUUACUUGGCUCCAAGGCAAGAGGGAGAGUGUGUCUUGCCGAAAAAGCAGCUCUCUUAGAGAAAUGGAGACCUUUGUGUCUUAAACAGGAAAGCACAAUGCAUGUAAUUGACAUGGCUGCCUGGUUUGAAGCUCAUCUGAAUUUAUCUUUAAGCAGUUUUGGUAAAUGGUACGUUUUUCCCCCCUUAGCUAAUCUUUCUUUCUUGGACAGGAAACCAAAUUUAACAGUAAGUGUUAUUCUCUGGUGACUUUCAGGAAUGGCCCAUUGUUUUGCUGGUAGAUCAGCCCAAGCUUAUCUUUAGCGUGACAUACACAUAACUGGCAAGCAACUAGGGAUUUAUCUCAAGUUCUAAUUAAUAACAAAUUGUGAAUGAUGAUCUGGAGUUUCAAAUUUCUCCUUAAAAAAUUCUGGCAUUAAUACUUAGUGGUGUCUUAUAACCAUUUUCAUCAGGCUUUCCUCUUGAGGCAGGGCCAGUCUUUUCACUUGUUGCAUUAUUUACAAGGUAACAAGUAGAAGAGAUAAACAUUUCUUAGUUGAGUGUAUUAUCAUAGAUGGGUAUUGAAUUAUUCAAGCUCUAGGCAUAGGCUUUCUACUUUUUAAAAAUGAUAGGCUCCAUUCAUUUUACAUUGCAUUGAGUGUAAGUUUAUAGAUAACACAUAGCUACGUAGUGCUCAGAAAAUAGACUUAAUCACUUAUUCUAACAGUUUAGCUUAUGUUUACAGUUAUAACAGUAACAUUUCUGGUAACAAUUACAAUAAUGAAAUAUUUGAGUACUCAAACUUUGAAUAAGUAUUUUUCUUUAAAACUUUCUAUUCAUUUUAGCUAUUGUGUAAGGAUUUCUAUUUUCUUUGAUAUUUUCUGAAAACAGUGACUCAACAUGGUGCAUUGUCAUAAAAUGUAAAGGUCACUUUUUAUAUCCUUGGCCUUUUGGAUGUGGUGCUUUGAUAUAUAGUAUGUUGACUUGAUUUUUAUUAUUUGAUGUUCUGCUUCUGGGUCACUUCCCAAAAUAUCUGGGUGAUUUCUUUAACUCUUUAAUGUGUAAUCAAACCUUAACCAGCACAGAAAAAGACUGUACCAGAAUGGAAUUUUGAGACCUAGCGAAUGGCAAACUGUUGUUAAGCAAGGAACCUGUACUGGUAGUGCCAAGUGGCUUUUAAGAUGUAAACUGUGAGGAUAGUUGUGCCUGUAUGUAUUGAUGCCAUUUGUUUCAGAAUCUACAGAACUCUGUGGCACUAUCUGAAAGCAGUUGCUGGUCCUUAGAUCUCCUUGUUAACACUACAAGAACUCUUAAGUUAGAGGCGUACCUGCAACUAAGUUACAAAAGCCUUUCUUGUGUUAAAAUAUGUCAGAUGUUUGAGAUUCUAUUCUGUACAAGCUGUAUAUAGUGUCACAGUUCCCAGGGUCUUCUGAGACUAAUGCUGAGUUACAGGUUAGGAUUCAAAGUUCCGUGUCUUUACUAGCUUCCAGGGCUAUGCGUUGAAGAAUUCCCUCACAUUACUUUAUAUGAGAGUCCUCAUUUUGUGUAAUCAUAUUACUUUCAACAAAAAUGAAUAGCUAAGUGUAUAACUGUUACUCCAUGUUUUAAAUGAUUUUUGUACAGCAUCUCAUAUAAAUAAAAUCUUUCAUUAGAACAUCAUGUGUGCUUGUUUUAAGAAUUUUAGCUACUUCAAGUAGAUUUUGAUCUUCACUUGUAUGUGUGCUUGCCAUUCAAUCUCAACUGCUAAUUCUUAGCUUGAAUCCCCAUCGUUACUUAUCUGGACUGUAACAAUACUCUUCUAGUUCCCCUCUCUUGAGUAGUCAGUUGCAAUUUCCUGUUAAUUGUGAAAUUAAUGAAUCUACCUUUCUUACCAUCAUCUGUACUGCUUUAGAAGAUCUGAUACUUUCCAUCCUCUCUGACCCCCUGCUGUCUUGUCAUUUCUCGUUUGCACCUUGGACCUAAUGUCACAGUGAUCUAUUGCUUUUGAAGGCCUGCUGCUACUUCGUGGCCCUCUGAAUCUGUUCAACAACCUUGUCAUCCUGAAUGCCACCACCCCCAAUCAUUCUUACCCCAGAGCCUUUCAUUCAAUCAAUGAAAGCGUACUUAGGAUUCCACACUCAGCUCAAGCCAUUUCCUUAGCAAAUGACAAUUAUUACAAUAAUUAUACCAUCCUUCUUGGAGUUCUCUCUAGGAAUAGAGUUGCUUCUUUUGGAUUUGGGAUCUUAACCCUGGCAUCUGUUUCCUUAAUAGUUCAGCACUGAGCCCUGAGUAGCAGUCUAUACACUGUUUUUUUCCUGGGACUAAAAA